AUGUCUGCUCCAUCGCAAACACCGGGUGCCCCUGCGCCGGGCGCAUAUCAAGGCCCUGCAGCCACUCCUCCAGCUCCCACGCACACAGGUUCAACCACAACAGGACAAGCAGGCACAGGUACAGGGCCAAUGUCAAACCAGAAUCUUAAUCAAAUAGUAACAGAUUAUCUACUCAAGCGAGGCUUCAAUCGCACAGAAGAAGUCUUUCGUCAAGAAUCAAAGCAUCUCGGCCCCGAUGGUAAGCCAAUCUAUCAACUGGCUAACCUCGGACCAAAGAAGUAUCAAAAAGCUUUUGGUCUCCUUCGCGAAUGGUUUGAACUGUCCAAAUUGCUUUGGCCAGUCUUUGUCUACUCCUUUCUGGAGCUCAUCACCCAUGCCUAUACUGAAGAUGCCAAAGCCUUUCUUAGGGAUAUUGGUCCCAACUUUCAGCCAGUCCAUGCAGACGAUCUCAAGACGCUUGGUACUAUUACACUUGCACAGCACAUCAAUGAGAAUCCCAUGACAAAGCUGUACCGGGAGAACAAAUAUCGAAUUCCUCUGAACCAACACGCCAGUGGCGAUCUUUUUAACUUCCUGGAACGCGAGUCUGACCAAGGUGGUUCGGUCAUCCGACAGCUCUUGGCGACAUACUGCCAGAUUGACUCUACAGCUCGUGGACCUAUCACUCCCUUCAGCUUUGAGGCUGUCUAUAGACGCUCAAGAAAUACGGAAGUCGAGAGCGUGGAUACCAACGAAGGCAUCCCAGGUGUCAAUAUCGGGUUGUCCAACCAGGACAUUACGGACCCAUCUACUACUUUAAAGCUCGGGCCCUUGCCCAUGGACGCAGAUCUUCGCGACGAUGUGCGUGCAGAGCUUGAGGAUGAUGAGCGAAGAAACCCACCUCCUCCUGGGAAAGCAUCACUAGUGGACGAAUUUGACCAGAAGAUAAAGCGAGAGGAGAGUGCCGAUGCCCCUAGCAGAGCAGAGCUGCCUCUGCCGCCGUCCAGGCCAAGAGAUAUUAUGCUCGAGAUGCAAAAGCUCAGAGAGAACCGCGACAGAUUCAAGAUUGAUGGCGCAACAGGAGGUGUGGGUGUACCGAUCAGCGCAUGCAUGUUCACUUUCCACAACACACUUGGAAGUGUUGCCUCUAUGGACUUUUCCAACGAUGGGCAGCUAGUGGCGGCAGGCACUACUGAGUCUUAUAUUCGAGUAUGGUCGCUAGAUGGCAAGGCCCUUCCCACCAUGAAUCCACAUGAGAAGGAUGCCAAAUUUAACAGCCGCAAGCUCAUCGGACACUCCGGCCCUGUGUACGAUGUUUCCUUCUCUGACGCCGCGUCAGGACCCCCACAGAAGCUCUUUGGCGACGAAGGCAAGUCAAACCCAGCAAUGGACACGCGACCCAAGCUUCUACUAUCUGCAUCAGCGGAUGGCCAGAUUCGUCUAUGGUCGUUGGAGUCUUGGAGCUGUCUUUGUCUUUACAAGUCUCACGACGGGCCUGUAUUCAGAACACUCUGGGGCCCUCACGGGCACUACUUUAUCAGUGGAGGGUAUGACAAGGCUCUCCGUGUGUGGAUGCAAGAUCAUGCUUCUCCUCAACGACUGUUGGUCGGUCAUGAUACGGCCAUCUCGGCGCUGACAUGGCAUCCUAACGGUCUUUACGUGUUUUCGGCCUCGGAUGAGACCGACAAGUCAAUCCGUAUGUGGUCUGUGUUGAGCGGCUCUUGCGUGCGUGUCUUUACAGGUCAUAACGACUACAUCAGCGCCAUGGAAUGCGCGCCAAAUGGCAAGAUCCUAGCAAGUGCCGAUUGUGCAGGUAACAUCUUCUUUUGGGACCUUGCUAAAGGAACACGCAUCAAGCGGUCACGUGGUCAUGGUAAAGGUGGUAUCUGGUCGCUGAGCUUCAGUGUUGAAUCCAACGUUCUUGCGUCUGGUGGUCAAGAUGGCACAGUUCGACUAUGGGAUGUCGAACUGCCCGCUGAUCCACAAAAGGCCAGCCAGCAGCAGACUGGAAAUGACGCGACAACAACGGGAGCGGAUGGCACGAAUACUGGAGGUGCCGUUGGCGAGGGUUCUCGUGUUGCAGCUGCUACUUCAGGGCAAAGUGGAGGCAGUGGUACAACCGGAACACAUAAGAAAAAGAACAAGGAGGUCAUGAUAACCCCCGACCAAAUCAGCGCGUUUCCAACAAAGAAGACGCCAGUGAUGAAGGUCAAAUUUACACGGAUGAACUUGGUAAUUGUGGGAGGCUGUUACGACCCCGAGCGUUAG